AUGUUGCCACCUAUAAAACGUCUUCGAACUGAUGAAAAUCAAGAUGAAUCUGAAUUUGGUACACGAGGAAGAGGAGCUGCAGCAGCAGCACCUGUUUCAUCAAUGAUGGAUGAGUUUGAAAUGACUGAUGAUGAAUUAUUAUUUUCUGCCACACAAGUUGAAAAACAAACAAAUUAUGAUUAUGAUCAAACACAACCUGCUAGUCAAAAUCCUUCUCGAUCCCAUAUACAAGUACCAAUAUUUUCAACUCAAACAAUUCUUCAACCAAUACCAUCUGAAGGAAAUCGAACACAAAUUGUAAAUAAAGAACUUGAACUUGAACGAAAAUUAUUAAUGAAAGAAGGUCAAAUAAUUAUUCUUGAAAAAAAUAAUCGAUUAUUAAGUGAAAAAAAUGCUCGACUUACUCGAGAAAAAUGUCUUCUAAAAACAGAACAAGAUGAAGCAGCUAGUGCUCGUGAACAACGUCUUAAAAUGCAACUUGAAACAUGUAAAUCUCAAUUAACAUUUAAUGAACGUGAACGUAGUGAAUUACAAACACGUUAUCAUUCACUUGAAAUACGUUUUCAUGAAAGUCAAGAAACAAGUAAUCGUCUUUUACGUGAAGUAACACGUCUUCGUACUGAUAAACCACAAAUAAAUUGUCAACAACCACAACAACAACAACAACAACAACAACAGACAAUAAGUUCAACAUCGAACCAUUAUCGUCUUCUUCAAACUCAAUCAAUACAUUUUUCAGCUUAUGAAUUAUUACGUACACGUACAAUUGAUUCAUCAACAAUGGCUAUAUCAAGUUUACAAAUAAUACUUGAUCGAAUUCGACCACAAUCAAUAACUCAACAUAUUUGGCAAACAUUAGUUGAUUUAAUAUUUUUUCAUCAACAAAAUUCUACAUUAAUUAAAUUACAACAACAAGAUUUAACUAUUGGAAUUGAUUUAAUAACAAUGACUGCAUUUUAUCAAAUGAUUUAUAAUAUAUUACAUUUAUUUAAUAAUCAACAAAAUCGUCUAACAACAAAUAAUAAUGAUCGACAACCACAACAACAAAUAUUAACAUAUGAACAAUUAAUAUUAAUACUUGAUGCUUGUUCACAUUUUCUUUUAAAUACAAUUAAAUCAACAGAAUCAUUAAAUAAACAAGAAAAUACAUCAACAAUUAAAAAACAACAAGAAACUGAACCAAUGGAUAGUGGAUCAUCACAACGAUCUACUACUGAUAGUAGUCAAAUACCAUUUCCACUGCCAGUUGAUCAUCAUACAACUUAUUAUACAGCUAAAGGUCAAUGUUUAACAAUACUUAAAUAUUAUCUAUCUCAUUCAACAACAAAUAAAUAUCCAUUUGGUUUGUUCAAUCGUAUUCUUACACUUUAUACAUUUCAUUUUAAAACUCGUCCAUCAUGUGAAUCCGAACGACGUAAAGCUUUUUGUGCUUUUCUUAUUUCUCUACUUGAUGAACAACAAUAUAUAAAUCCAUAUCAAUAUUUAACUGCAAUUAUUUUAUCAUUACUUGAUGCAUCACCUGAUGAACCUAAUUGGUUAUGUUCUAUACCGAUAACAGAUGAAAAAUCAUCUCAACGUUGUCUUUGUUCAGUACUUAUAACACAUCUUGAUUCACUAAUUUAUCUUGAUAAAAAUGAUAAUUUAGAUGAAUAUAUUAAAUUUCUUUUAUCAAUUUAUCGUCUUCAAUUAUUUAUUUAUGAUAAUGAAAAUUUUCAUAAAAUGGAACUUGAUAAUGGUCAAUGUCCAGGUCUAUGUUGGUUAACAUUAUUUAUAUCAUAUGGUCAAUGUUUAUCACGUUUUCUUUUUCAUAUCAUUAAACCAAUAAUAAAAAAACAAAUAUUUGAUCUUUCUAUAAAAUUUGUUAAAAUAUUAAUUUUAUUUUCUUUACAAUUACAACCAACAACAUGUUUACCACAACAAGCUAAAGAAUUGCAACUUUAUACAAAUCCAUCUCUUUGGCAUCUUUAUGAACUUAUGUUAUUAUAUCACCAUCAACAACAACAAUUGAAUAAUGAAUCAAUAAAUAUUAUUAAUAAACAAAUACUCGAUGAUCAACUCUGUGUUUUUGGUUAUAUAAAUGAUGUACUAGGAACUGGAAAUGAAGUUAGACAGAUUUGA